AUUCAGAUUUUCUCCAGCAGUUAGUGGAUGAAGGAAGAUGGAGUGGCAGUACAUGGGUGCACCGUGCUGGUCGUGUCACCUAAGUGGAGAGGUGCGUCCACGUUACCGUCCUACUUUCCUCUACCCAGGAAGUACUGCUGACUCUGCCAUUAACACCCAUGGGAUGGUGGACGGUGUAGCAGAUGGAGGGUGGCCAGCCACCCUAGCCCGUGGACUGCACGAUGCCUGGGACACGAGGCUUUUCACAGAUCUGGUUAUUACAACUCGAGACGAGAUCAUACACGCUCAUAAAGUCAUCCUAGCAGCUGCAUCUCCCUAUUUUAAAGGAAUGCUGUCAGCCGGGCUGAGGGAGGGACAGACCCACACGCUGGUCCUGGAGGAUGUUUCAGGAGCCAUCCUCAACACCGUACUCACCUAUAUCUACACUGGCAAGGCCACGCUAACAGAAAACAAUGUGCAAAAUGUCCUUACCCUUGCUGAUUAUUUCCAAAUACAUUCUCUUAAAAAACUUUGCUGUUACUAUUUAAAGAACCACUUAGUUAUGGAAACAUGCCUCGGUGUGUAUGAGGUUGCUACUCUCCAUCGGUGUUAUGAUCUAGCUGCUGAUGCUCUAGCACUGGCUUGCUCUCUCUGCUCCGAGGUGCUCCUUCAGCCAGCAUUCUUAACACUUCAGCCGGAAACAUUGUUAACACUCCUUAAAGAGCCAUACCUCAGUGUUGAGUCAGAGGAGGAACUGUUAAAGGGUAUAAUACGUUGGACAUGUAAGGAUCCAGAUAAGAGAAAGAAAUGGUUACCAGCUUUUAUUGAGAAGAUAGACCUUAGGUUUCUCAACAGUCAAACAAUAAUUAGCUGGAUAGCUUCCCUGGAGGAAAAGCAUCUUUUGUCAGAUGAUUUAAGGCAUAUUUUGACACCUUUGGAUAUUGACUCAUAUGGAACUGAAGAAGGUUCUGAUGACCAAGAGGAUUCUGCUAAGAAAAUACGUCAUAAUUCGCAGGAAGAGGUGUUACUUGUAAUGGGAGGCGAGUCAAAUGGUCGUCUGCUCGGUAAUGUUGAAUGCUUUGCCCUUGGUUACUCAUCGUGGCGCUGUAGCAUACCUGAUGCAGGUGUACAACAUAAUGAUCAUAAUGAACACCAGUUUCAAGUCCUCCCUGCUAUGGAGAAAGCCAGGGCAUACUGUGCUGUUGCUACUCAUGACAACUUGGUAUAUAUUCUUGGUGGUCAGACAAACAGCACAUUUCUUGCUUCGUGUGAGUGCUACAGGGUACUUACUAACACCUGGCAUCAAUUAUGUGACUUACCAGCACCUGUCCAUGGGGCAGCAGCUGCAUUCCUUGAUGGAGUCCUCUACUUUGCUGGUGGAAAGUCACAUGAGAAAUAUGAAAAUCAGCUUUUGGUCUAUGAUGAAAAUAAUGUCAGUUGGGUUCCCCGCGGCCCUCUAAGUAGGGGUCGAGGUCACUUUGGAAUGGUUGCUCUUCAUGGCUCACUCUAUGCUGUUGGUGGUAUAUGCUCAUAUGGUGGUACCAGUCAAGUACUUUCUACCUGUGAGAAGUUUGAUCCAGGCUCUGAUACAUGGACACCAAUUGCACCUCUAGGUCAAGCUCGGGCAUAUCUGGGAGUGGCUGUGAUUCAUGACAAGUUAUAUGCUAUUGGUGGCUAUGAUGGCUCACGAUGGCUUAGCUCUGUGGAGAAAUACGAUCCUCUGCGUGAUCAGUGGACUUCAGUGUCAUCUAUGAUCAGUGCUCGGAGCAGUUUUGGUGUGACUGUGAGUCAUGGAAGGAUCUUCUGUCUAGGUGGAUUUAGUGGAGAAUCUAACCUUAACACAGUUGAGAAAUACAACCCUCGCACAAACAUGUGGCACUGUGUUCAGUCUAUGCAGCUUCGACGCUAUGGGCUAGUUGCAGCCACUGUCAAUGUUCCAGGAUCUCGGCGAGUGUAGCGGGUGAUACAAUCAACACCUCUUAGAUGUGUAUCCAGGGUCACUAGGUGUAGAUGGUGUUUGUAACAUUCCUAGUAAUCUAUGCUUGAAGCUGGAAAUAUUAGUGUUUACAUAUUAUAUUUCUUGUGUAUAAGUGAGAUUGCCUAAUUUAAGAGAAAAAGUAAAAAGAUGCCAGAGAAUUUCCUGGUGUUGUUAUUAUUUGGCCAUCAGUAUGAUCUGUAGCUGUAAUGUGAAAGGGUAGCAACACACUCAGGGAUUCAUCUGUUAUUUGUUUAAGGAAGAAUGGCUUUAUAUAUGGCUUCACAUACACUAGUUGUCAAUGCCAGUACAGUGUCAGUGAACUGUAAUACACCCUUCCUCUAGCAUUCACCACUCUUACUGCUCUAAAGUAAGUAAAACAAUAAAUAAAAGCUGCAAUUGCAAUCAAAUUUUCAAUGGUCUUAGGAUGUGGUUGCAACAGAUG